AUGGGGCAGGAUUUUCCUCAUGACUGUGGCUUCCAGUCGUUCAUGUGGCUCACUGCCCGAGCGGCUGACUCAGAAUUUGAUCCCGCUGAUUGGUCCAGAGCCAUCCGGAUGCGAUGCAACUUCGUCUUAGCUGUGAUUGGACGAGAUGAUCAUGGUCGGCCUAGGGACUGGCUGUUGGGCAGUGGGUCCGAGGUGCAAAUUGCACUGGCAGGGGUUUUGCGUGAGCAUGCCGUCCCAGAAGCCAAGGUCAUUGAGCGGGCCAACAUGUUGAUAUCGCAAUUGGGAGAAGCUAAGCUGCAUGACAUGUUCAGGAGCAAGAAUCCAUGGAAGUUUCUCAAACAGGUUUGCAACAAUCACAAGCCGAAGCUGCAGAUUGUUCUGGAAGAUGAGCUUCAAGCUGCGAUCGGAGAGCGUGCGCGUUCAGUUGCUCCAGCCGGGCGCAAAUCUGACAAGCGCAAGAAAGGCAAGCAGACACCUGAACUGACUUCGAUCCAUCCAGCAGAUAUCACAAUUCCUCCGGGGGUCUUUCGGCAGCAGGAUGGAGGAGAGCUUCCUCAGUUGAAGAUCAAUGAGAUCUCACCCACUGCGGCAGGAGUUGUUGUCGGGCACGAAGAAGAUCUUGGACCAUACAUUGGCAAACCAGGGCUCUCGUCUCAAGGUUUGGCCUUGCUUGUCAUCUCGCCUAGCAAGUACUUGCUGGACAAGUUUGGGGAGCUCAUUCGAUUUCCAGUGGUCUGUGUGCAGACGGGGGAGCCAAUGCUGGUCUCCGCUUUGCUUUUGCAGAAAGGUGCCAUCCUUGUUGAGCGCAACGUUCCCGAUCGGCCUCUGCGGAUCCAGGAAGUCUCCAACGUGGUUGUCAAAGUUGCCAUGUUUAGGGAUGAGUGCCCGACUCCAUGGGAGAAGAUCACCGCAGCACCCGUCAAGCAUCUGUUGGAUCUAUUCCCGCAGUUGAUUACGUGCAGAGAGCCAUCGUGUGUUUGUCCAAAGUUUCAUCCAGUUUCUCGUGAGGACAGUGAUAUGAUCAUGGACGUCUGGAACAGAGAUUUCAUUACGCUCAAGUUCCGCCGUGAGGCGCCAAACUCAGCUGAUGUCUUUAUGUGUUGCAUCCGGUUUAGGACCUCGGCGAUUGAAUCGGUGCUGAAGCAGUCGGGAUCGCAUGGAUGUUACAUAGAGAUCAGAGCGCCUGACGGGAAGCGAGACGAUGUCAAUCACUACACUGUCUGGCUUCCGCGAAAGUCGUUGAGAGAGGUCCAAGCUGAGCAAGCCGCCAUCAAAGAGCCGUCCGCGAUCAUUCGUGUGGGGCACAGGUAUGGUCUCCGGGUGUCAGCUGGUGAUGCUGAAGCAGUUCAUGCCACCGUCCGUCAAGAGCAGGCUGUCAUGUUGGGUCCCAACAAGCAGACCUGGUGCGUGGGGCCUCUGCCAUGGGGAUCCUCCAAACAAUCAGUUCAAAAGCUCAUUGAUGAGUGGGGUUGGAAGGCGAGAGCAUUGCACACAACCGGCAAGGCUCCCGAUGGAUCCGGUGUGCUUUGGAGUUUGCACGCUGCUGGACCCCCACCAGCCACUGUGUAUUCCCUGAGCCAUGGAGAUGUCCUCCUGACCAGAGUUGAUCUGCCACAGGCCAUUACGUCGAGCCCUGCACCGGUCCUAGUGGCCUCCAAACGCACACGCGACUCAUUGUCUGCAGGUACCCAAGAUCCAUUGCAGGUCCAUGAUCCUUGGGCUCAGUCGUCUAAGCCCCCGCCUGCAGAAACUAGGUAUGUGACGCAGGCACAUCUAGAUGCUUUUGCUGCAACCUUGGAAGCAAAGGUCUCGGUCAAAGCCUCUGAAUCUAGUGAUGAUGUCUCUAUGGACAUGGAUGUGACAACCCGAGUAGAGCAGCUUGAAAUGCAGGUCCAACAGUUGACCCAGGCCCAAAACAGGCAGACAGCUGAAACACAAGCCAUCGCCUCUCAGGUUUCAUCGCUGACCUCCAAGGUCGAAGCCACCGCACGAUCGGUCGAAAACGCAGUUGAGGCCAAAUUGACGCACCAUUUGCAGGAGCUGGACAGUAUGCUCUCCAAGCGUCUCCGCUGCACUACUGUGACGUCAGAUCCGAAAGAGUGA